AUGAGCCGCCGUUCGGGAAAAGAAAAAGAAGGGAACGAGGAGGAGGCGAUGAUGACGACGAAUACUAACGUCUUGUCGAAGAAAUCUGACCUCUCUCUUUCCAUCGCGGAGACGAACAAUUUGAGGAAGAAAUUAGGCCUCGCGCCGUUAAAAAUGGAUUCGAAUCCCCCGAAAGACGACGAAGACGACGAUACGGACGGCGUAAAAGCCGCGGAGAAGAUCUUGAAAGAAAAAGAGGAAAAGAAACUGCUCGAAUUAAAACGAACGGAAGAGUUGAGAGAAAAGUUGAACGAACGAAAAGCGAAAAAGUUGCGCGAGGAAGACCACGAGCGAGCGAGGAAGUUAUACGAAGGAGAAGGCACAGAAGAGGAGGACGCGAAAGCGUGGGUGGAAAAAUCGAGAACGAUGAAGAAGAAGUCGAAGAAAAAAAGGACGACUGCUGCAGAUAUAAUAGCUAGCAGAUACGAGGAGGAAGAAGAGGAGCACGUGUCCGUUGAAUACACGGAGAAAGACUUGGCGGGAUUGAAGGUGGACCGCGCGGCGUUGGAACACGUCGCCGAGGAGAGAGGAAUCCAUUACGAGGGAGAAGGUGGCGUCGUUUUAACGUUAGCGGAUAAGUCGAUUUUAGAUAGCGAUUCGGAGGACGAGUUGGAGAACGUUCAAAUAGCGGAAAGAGAGAGGGUUUUGAAGAAUAAAAAGUUAGCUGGAAAGGGAAAUAAGAAGGACGAGAUUAUGCGCGAAGACGAGGACGAGUUGACGGGAUUGAAAGAGAAGAAGAUUUUGUCCAAGUACGACGAUGAGUACGGAGAGGAAGAGAAGGACGAAAGAUUCGCGACGUUAGAUGGCACGGGAGGAGUUCAAAAAGACGCCGAGGAGAUUCGGAAACGAAACGCGAGGGAGUUGAAGUUACGGAUGGCUGGAUUGGUGAAAGGCGAAUUGACUUCCGCGGAGGUGUCAAAAACAGCCACGCAGAUAGACGCGUAUACGAAAGAAGAGGAAGAGUUGAUGAAGUUCAAUAGUAAGAAGAAGAAAAAAGGGAAAGGAGGCAAAGAAGAUAAGCCGAAGAAGAUGCGAAAGAAGAAGAAGAAGAAAGAAAACGAGGAUUCAGACGACGAGGAUGGUGGAUUUGACGUAUCAAAGUUGGAAAGCGACGAGUUGGCGAAGGAGGCAAACGCGGCGGGGACGCACAGAAGAUCGAGGAAGAAUGGCGGCGGCAACGCGGGAGAAGAACAGCCGUCUCGAGACGACGAGGCGUGGGCCAAGGCAAUGGACAAAGCGAGAGAUAACGUGGACGAGAAAAUCUUAGCCAAUUUAGCCGGCGAUACUAAGAAAGGCGAUGAAGAACCUCUAGAUUUCGCCGCCGAGGAAGAGGACGACGAGUUGGAACGAGCGCUCGCAUCCGCACGAGAAACGAAAAAGAAAGAAAAGCAAAUCGUUCCCGCGAAUGGGGAACAAUCUUUGUUUCAACGCAUCGCCAAGCUCGAACGAGAAAAGCCGACCGAUAUGAACGCAGAUAAUGAUGAAAAGAACGAUAAAAAUUUGGCCCUAACGGAUGUCGCUGAAUUCUGUCGCGGCGUCGGCGCGGAUACGUCUGGCGGUGACGACGAAAAUAACGCGUUCGUCGCGAGAGGGAAAACCUCUAAAAACUUGAAACGGAAAAGAGCCAACCACGUCGAAGAGGACGCCGAGGGAGAAGUAAUCGAUUGGGAGAAGGCGCGAGCGGACAAGUUACCGGACGAAGAAGACGAGGACGCUCCGCAAAUUGUUCAGAGCGUCGAUGGUGCCGUCGAUGUCAAAAUGGAAGACGGCGAAGGAGCGGUUAAAGAAGAAGAAAAGCCUAAAAUCCAUCCAUCGCGCAGAAUUGGAAUUGGUUUAGCGAGCAUUUUACAAGACAUGAAAGCCUCCGGUCAGCUCGAAGAUAAAGGACCGCGUUGGAGUGGACGCGCGAACGAUUUGAAAGAUCACCACGAUCGCAAACGCGUAUUAGAAGCCUCUGGAGUGAUUGAAGAACAAGAUGGCGGCGGCCCGUCGUCCGAAACUCGAAAGUUCAACUUCAAACUUGAUAAGUACGACGAGUUUGGACGUACGUUGACUCCAAAAGAAGCCUUCCGCGAGUUGUGCUGGAAGUUUCACGGCAAAGCGCCCGGCGCGAAGGCGAAGGAGAAGCGUUUGCGCAAGUACGAAGAGGAGCAAAACGCGCUGCGAGGUGGCGAUAGCAACAAAGCUGGCAGCACAAUUGAACGAAUGCAAGCGGUUCAAAAAACAACCGGUGAUUCAUUCGUGGUGUUGUCUGGUAAGAUUAGUGAAGGACAGAGACGAAACGCAAAGUAG